AUGGCUCCAAAGGCUACACGUUCAGCUCCAGAGAAAGUUAUCGAAGAUAAGGACAUCAUCCGCCAGGAACACCUCUUCGCUGAGGAGACAGCAGAGAAGGUUGCUGACAAGACAGCUCAGACACGCUUUCCAAAGUAUGUCCAACUUCAGCGCCAAAAGAGAAUCCUCAUGAAGCGCCUGAAGGUCCCACCACCAGUCAACCACUUCAACCACACACUCGGCAAGGAUGCCGCUGUCGCCCUCUUCAAGUUCCUCGAGAAGUAUCGCCCAGAGACAAAGACAGAGAAGAAGCAGCGCAACAAAGAAGAUGCUGAGAAGGCUAAGAAGGACCUCAAGGUCGCCGGCUCUGGCAACAAGAAGGCUCUCGUCCAGGGUGUCAAGAAUGUUACAGCUGCCAUCGAGUCCAAGAAGGCCCAGCUCGUCAUCAUCGCUCACGAUGUCGACCCAAUCGAACUCGUCAUCUGGAUGCCAGCUCUCUGCCGCAACCUCGAAAUCCCAUACUGCAUUGUCAAGAGCAAGUCCCGCCUUGGCCAGAUCGUUGGCAUGAAGACAUGCUCCUGCGUUGCUCUUGCCGAAGUCAAGCCAGAAGACCGCGCUGCCUUCACAAAGAUUGUUGACUCCGUCAACUCUGGCUUCCUUGCUCACUACAAGGAAGAGAUGCACCAGUGGGGUGGUGGUGAACUCUCUGAGAAGACAAUCGAGAAGCUCAAAGCUCAGGGCAAGUAUAAAGAAUAA